UGGAGCCUCGCUGUCGCUAGCGACGCCGCCCACCUUGUCCUGCCUCCUGCCUGCCACUGCAAGUCUUCGCUUGCUUUUUGAUACACGAUGCAUGUAAGCAUGUUCCAUCUGCAAAUGCUGCAUUCGCUGCCUUAUCUCGACCUCAGCUGCUGAUUCGUCCCGUGGUGUGAGCUCGGGGUGGGGGGGGGGGGGGAUUGGUUCUGAUUCCCUCUGGACGCGGCGGCAGCCAUGGGGCGGAGUGGAGACGGCGUCCCGAGGGGGUGGUCUGGGAGAUCCACGAGUUGCUCGCGCAAAAUUGAUUGGAUUGCAGAAGAGCAUGAUGAACUCCAAAGAGCUUAUAAACAUUUCAAGGCUGAAGAACAAAAAAGGACAGCUGAGCGCCUGCCCCACAAGACAGGUAACUCAUUCAAAAGGAGACACACAUGGUCGCAAGAGGAAAAUGAUAUUCUGAUUCAAAUGGUAAACCUAUAUUGCCCAAAAAACUGGUCAACUGUUGCACGUGCUGUGCCUGGUCGUAGUCGAUACCAGUGCCGAGACAGAUGGACAUUUUAUCUUAACCCUGCUGUGAACAACCAGGCAUGGUCGGAACAAGAGGAGAUAAAAUUGAUCCAUGCCCAUCAAAUUCAUGGAAACAAAUGGUCUGAAAUGGCUAAACUUUUCCCUGGGAGGACAGGGAAAGCAAUUAAGAAUUACUGGGUUGGUCCUAUGAAGAAAAAGUUGAAGUCAUAUUUAACUAGAGGAUUGCUGGAGCAAUUUCCAUAUAUGCCCAAUGAUCCAUUGAUUGGAAAGAAUAGGGGCUCCAGUACCGGUAAUAUGCAAGUUUCACCAGAUUUGCCGGUAAUACCCAAAUUGGAACAAGAACUGACAGAAGCUUGUAGAAAUGCAAGUACACUGAAAGAAAAAGGUUCUGUCAAUGGCUCUCAAAAGGUGGAUGGGCAAAUAGCUAAAUCUAAUUUUCCUGUAGUAACCAGGGAAAAUUUGGUUUUAUCGCCAAGUUCAGUGGAUCAGAAGGUCUCUUUUUCUGCAGCAAAUUUUCCAAGAUCCUUGCAAAAAGAGGAAUCAACGAAUUUUCUGGAAGUUUCACUGAAGAGUGUAAACACAGGCUUCUUCCCAGCUGGUAAUCUCCCAUCUAGCAACGACCAUUCUGAUGAGAUUUGUACUAGUGCUGAUCGAGAGUCACAGGAGCUACAUCUGGGAAAUAUAGCAGAUCUUCUGGACAUGUCAUAUUGCGAAAGCUUGAUGAUCAUUCCACCUGAUUCUCCAAAUGAUGGAAAUUCCAUGCAUGGAAUGUGAUAUUAGUUCAAAUAAAUAGUCCAGGGACUGCACCGGCAUUAGUUGGAGAGAAACCAAGAAUUAUGCUCCUUGGUCUUCAAAUUCAAGUAAUUUUUCUUCAACUAAAAUGAACUUAUUGAUUCUUCUACCUGUAAAUCCUUUUUUUUUUCAUUGCAGAAUUUCACUGUCGUAGAAUAAUGAAUACACAUGCAUACGUCCUGUGUUAUCAGGCCAUGAAUUAGAGCAAUGAUGUCCAGAAGGUUUGGCAUUUCAUUCAACCAACAUGCUUGACCAUAUCAUCUUCAGCAGAAAUUCGAAGUCUGCAGUGGAGUGUUUCAUGGAUUUCUGAGGUUUGUCUGUGCGUUCAGAUUGAUGAUAAUUCUUCGGAUUGAGGACUUAUGAUCAUUUUACCAAAGACAUUGGAACCUUGUUGGCGAAAUGUACUUCGUUAGUGUCAAAUGCAUUCAGUUGCUAGCAAGAAGGGUUUAAAUUU